CGCGCGCGGAGCGCGGUGCGCGCGGCGACGCGAGCGAUCGAGCGCGCGAUGACGACGCAAAGCGCGACGACGACGACGGCGCGGAGCGCGACGACGACGGCGACGACGACGCUGUGCGUGGUGACGCACGAAAAGUUGUUGAAUUCGCGACCCCUGACGGAACGAUUGCGGGCGGAAACGCCGCGCGCGUUCGACGUCGUCGUCGUGUCGAACGAGGAAGAGAUCGACAAAAUGAGGCGCGAGCGCGCGGACGGGGACCUGGCGAUGCUGUGGUGGUUCGCGACGAAGGAGGUGACGACGGCGUUCGCGAGUCGACGAGACGUGGCGGAACGCGUCAAGUGGAUGCACAGCGGGAGCGCGGGAGUGGAUCAUUUGAUGGCGAUUCCGAGCGUGCGCGAACAUGCGAGCACGCUGACGAACGGACGAGGGGCUUUCUCGGCGAGUCUAGGCGAGUGGGGGGUGUUCGCGUGCAUGCACUUCGCGAAGCGGGUGGACGCGAUGCGGGCGGCGCAGCGAAGGAAAGAGUGGAUACGGAUGACGGUGGGGUUGAUCGAGGGGAAGAAACUGGUCAUCGUCGGAUACGGGGACAUCGGGCAACACGUCGCGCGAAGGGCCAAGGCGAUGGGGAUGAAGGUGUGCGCGGUGCGGAGAACGCCGGAGAAGACGGAUCCAAACGACGACUACGUCGAAAACGUCGUGGGGUUCCACGCGUUGAAGGAGACGUGCGCCAAGGCUGAUUACGUACUCGUCGCGCUGCCAUCGACGGAGGAGACGGAUAAGAUGAUCAACGCCGACGUAUUGAGCGCGAUGAAGGACACGGCGGUGCUCAUAAACGUCGGUCGAGGAUCGACGGUGGACGAGGACGCGCUCGUCGACGCGUUACGGAACAAGAAAAUCGCCGGCGCGGCGUUGGACGUGUUCGCGGUGGAACCGCUUCCGAGCGACCACCCGUUCUACACCAUGGAAAACGUGCUCAUGAGUUUUCAUUGCGCAGACUUGACGUCGGAUUACCACGACUUGGCGCUCGACUGCUUCAUCAAGCACGCCGAGCAAUACGCGACGAACGCCCCGUUCACGAACGUCGUCGACAAGCGGCUCGGAUACUAGCGCGUCCCAUCGCCGCCUCGCGCGCGCGCGAACCGAC